CAGACACGUAGCCUGCAACGCAGAGAGAUUUGCGAGAGAUGUCAGAGUCGAAAAAUGAACAGAAAUCGUAGGCGGAGUUGGCCGAAUAGUUUUUUAUCUAGUCCAGGAUCGAGUGAUGGCGGCAAUGUCAUGAUCCGCAAGAGCCAAAGCUCGUCCAGCAUUCUGCCCCAGACGACCGAAGGGUCCUUGGUAACGGAUCCUUCGACAACGGACCGAGCCGAGACCCGAAACAGAAUUGCGUCUUACACGGCGGGGUCGUUGGAUACGUCCUCGUACUCUGAGGUGACCCUCAAACGCACCAACCUGCACAUUCCUCACAUUCUCCUGAAGGGAAACGAACCUGACUCCAGGAAAGUGAGUAUAGCUACUGGAACGGAUGACCAUGAACUCGAAUCUGAGGAGGAGACAACGCUGCGUUUUAAGACCGAGGACAAUGUGAUAAAGUACGGAUUGGAUCCUAAGCUGACCUCUAGUGGCAGGGAAGUCUAUGACAAGGAGGAGCCUCUCAUCACCAAAACCACAAAGUACUACAAAAAGCGAGCUCCGUUGGUGCCGCGCUAUGAUGACUCGGACGAAUCCUAUGUGGCGGACGUGACCAUGGCCAAAUGGGAUACCGUGUCCACAGAUUCCACCUUCACUUAUCCCAAUGACAACUCAGAUGAAUCAAACCAGAUGAAAUCAGGGUUCGGCAAUGUGUCACAAUCCCUUGAUGAUAUGGGUUUGGAAUCCAUCGAUUCGUAUGACUUCUCGGACGAUGCAAUGAGACCAACAGAAAGUGGAAUGAAAUCAUUAAAAAGUGACACGCUGGGUAUUGGGCCGGGAAUGGGUUUUAUCUACAUGAUUAUACCACCGGACGGUGGCUUCGGCUGGUGGAUCAUGGUCCUCAGCUUCUUUUCCCAGGUGAUCGUUGACGGCAUCAUAUUCUCCAUUGGCAUCCUGCUGCCGGCAAUAAGCAAGGAGUUCGAGAUUCCCAUCUCGGAGGUGGUGCUGGUGGCCAGUGUCCAGAUCGGGUGCUACUUUACCUUCGGGGCUAUAGCCAGUGCCCUUAUAAAUCGUUUUGGAUUCCGGCUGGUGGCCAUUUUCGGAGUUCUCACCUCCGCCCUGACCAUUACGGCGGCUAGCUUUGCCCAGGGUGCCAUGCUCCUUAUCGUGCUGUAUAGUGCCGUUGGUGGCUGCUCCCUGAGCAUGAUCUGGGUGAGCUCCCAGCUGAUUGUGGGCUACUAUUUCGAGCGGUACCGACCGAUAGCCAAUGGCUUCUCCUGCAGCGGCGCCGGAGCGGGGAUAUUUAUCUUCGCCUUCCUCACCAGCAACCUGCUGCCCAUUAUUGGAUGGCGAAACGUGCUCCGGAUGCAGGUGGGCUUCCUCUUUCUUAUCCUUCUGAUGUCGAUUGCCUUUGUUGAGGUCCCCCCCACCCCAGUGGGUGUGUAUAAUCGCGAGAGCGACGAAACCAGUUCGGAGGAGUACUACGGAAAUUUUUACGUGCAGAACUUUAUACGAUUCUCCAAAUCGUCCUCGUAUAGUAAGAACCGCAGUCUAGUCAGUAUAUACGAGCCGUCGCCAAAGAAGCGGAGCUGUGCCGAGUGCUGCUCCUGUUGCCGGCGCAAUAAAAAAGAGCCAGAGCACAGAAAUUACGAGAGAAGCCUAAUCAUAAAACCUACUCCGAUGCAGCGGGAUGACCUCUUUUACACGGGCCGGGCCGAAUAUGAGGAGCCUCACUCCAAGGAGAACAUUGAGGGCAAGGACAUCUAUUUGACGGGAAACGACAAGGAUACCCAGCGAGUCAACUACGGCAUCCAUCACAUUCAAAUAUCGAGGGACUCGAACAGUUCGAAUCGAGCAUCGGCCCAGGACCGAUACUCACAGAAGCCAAGGAAACGCACCUGUACGGACAACAUGUUUGUGAAGGGCCUGUUCCGACUCUUCGACUUCCAUCUCCUGAAACAGUUUGAGUUCCGGGUGCUGGUGGCCUCCGCCUUUCUCUUCCCCAUGGGCAUGAACAUACCCUUUGUAUACUCCAAGGCCAGGGUCACCAUCCCCUGGGAAUACGCAGGUCUUAUAACGCCGGCCAUUGGACUGUCAAACUUUGCGGUGCGAGUGAUUUGCGGCUUUAUAGCCUACAAGAAACGCGAGCUGGACACGGUUGUCUGCGGUGGCGGCUUGGCUUUCGGCGGAGUAAUCGUCCUAGUGAGCGCCUUCUACGGCACGGACUUGGUCUGGUUCCAGAUAUUCUACGGACUGUGCUAUGGCGUGGCGCCAGCCGUCUACUCCACCCUGCGGGCCCUGAUCUACGUGAGGUAUCUGGGACUGUCGAAGCUAACGAAUGCCUUCGGCAUCACCGCCCUGGCCAUGGGACUGGGCGUGUUCAUGGGCACCACCAUUGGCGGCGUUGUGGUAAGCAUCACCCAGAGCUAUGUGAUGGCCUUCGCCUUUGCCGGAGUGUGCCUUAUCGUCUCUGGAAUGCUUAAGCUCCUCCUGCCAUCGUGGGUCAAAUGUCGGCACCGAAAGAGAGGUUCGCGUUAACAUUGGGGUUGUGGGGACGAGGCUGCUCUAAGGACUGGAUUUUUUGUUUGGUUGGUUUACCCCUUUCUACGGUUUCUACUACUAUAUUUUUUCAAAUGACUUGUGUACUUAUUUUCUUUUUUUAUUUAAUACAUAUACAGGUGAUAGAACUGUGUUAUGGUUAUGUUCUGGUUAGGCCUGUCUUAAAAGAUCUGAAUAAAUGCUUGUAUAUUACAUUAAA